AUGAACGCGAUAUACGCGCAAAAACCACCUGACCUGGAUAGCCUCCAGCACAAGGUCUCCGACACACUUGCUCUGACCAUCAUGUGGUCAUACUACGCUCUUGAAUUUGGCUGGCACAAGGUUCUUUCGUACGAUUACCAGUCAAUUUCGUGGCGAAUGUGGGAAUCUACCCAGUCUACACUGGCAGAAGUCUUGACGAUAUCCGGAUGCAUCGACUACCUCAAGCGCUACCUGGCUGACGGCCUUCGCAAGAUUGGUUACAGCAUGACGCAGGGAACAAUGCUUGUUCACGACUUGCAGAGGUCCUUGGGUGGUCUACUUUACGACACGCUGAAGAGUUUCCACGUCGGCGCACGUUUCGCCAAUCUUCUCGAAUCACUUUUGGAGGCCAAAUUGCGGAUGGCAUGGAUGUUGUCUAGCACAAUCAGCCUUCUCAAGCUCGUGUGGGGGAUUAUCUCCACCAUGGAUAUCAAGUGGCCCUACACCAAGCUCCUGGAGAGCCUGAAGAACGCAGACCUGCAACCCUGGGAGAAAGUUUGCUUAUACGUCUGGUUCGCUGUCGUGCUCCUCUCACUACUCUGCAUGGCUAUCACCUCGAUCCUCAUGUUCCUGUACUCGUAUUACCGCCGGUUCUUCGUGUUCUACGACUCGUACCUGUUCUACCACCCCUUUGUGAGAGCGAUCACCAGCCUUGAGAUUCCGCGCCACGCUAUCGAGCACAUCUACUAUGUGGGGGGCUUGCGCGAAAGAAUGCCGUUGUCAGCCUUUCGACUGUUAGCUGGGGGGGUGAUCUAUAUGAGUAGACCUUUCGCGCACGUGGCGAAUUACCUCGAGGCUUGGUGCGAGAAGUGGCAGUCAGCAGGCCAGGAGGAGGAUACCGAGGACGAACUGCCAAGCUACCCCCCAAGCGGUGCUACGAGCCCACUGAUGUCUCCUUACCCAAGCUAUCCUCCUACACCAUAUUUCGAGGAUUAUGACAGCCAAGCCCUUGACACAGAUGACGACGAAUUUCCAUUUAUCAGACGACAGGGCAAUCAGACAACCAGCGAGGUUGUGAGGGAGGCUUCUGAAGGCAACUUGUCAGCUGAUGAUGGCUACGGUGACCUGGGAAGAAGAGCUGGGUUAUUCGACAACCUAGUUUCCCCGGACAGUACGACAGUUGAUGCUGGGUAUCCCGAGGCAUCACCAGACCAUGCUCUUAACUCCAAUCAAACGGAGACGGGCAGCAACCUCGUCCACUCCCCAGAGGGUUUCGAAGGAGAGCCAAAAGACGGAAAUAGCAACAGCACGUCAAAACACCAGAGACCAUCGUUCUUCAACCAUCAGGCUCCGACAGGCGACCAUGGCAAGAAGCUGGAUGAUAGUGGUGAUGACGAUUUUAGCGACGACGAUGGCUCAUCUGGCCCACAUGGUUCAGGGGCCGCGAUCAGGCAAAUUUCGUCUACGCAGGCCGAGUCUGCACCUACGUUACGACGACCGAGUUCCAUCCUCGCCACCUCAGAGUCCGAAAGGGGCUCGCAGGCUACACAUGAUGGGCGCCCUGCAAGGCCCACGAGUGUGACCUGGGCAGAUCCCUUGGUAUCUCCAUCAAGCCCACCCAAGACACCGUCCACGGAACGCGAAUUGCUGCCCGCGGAUCCAUCUCCCGAGGAGCCUGCGCCAGUAGGACCAGACUUCAACACGCGCCUCGCUGCGUUUCGCAGAGAUGGUGGCUGGAAUGGCAAGAAAGACAAGCGGACUUUCAUUCUCUGGGAAGCCAAUGGAUGCCCAAGGACAGAAACGCCUGCAUCUCCGGAAGAAGACACCGCCGUUGCUUCUGACACGAUGUGCGAGGACGCCGCCGUUUCUGAGGCUGCACCACGUUCUGAGGCCCGCGCUACUCCCGAGCCUUCAGAUACCCCUGAGCUGGACUUUGCCGAGCCUGGGGAAGUAGCACCAGCUUCCACACCUUCUGCUGUUCCGGCCAAUCAUGAUAUGAACACUGAACAGGAAAGCAUAGACGGCGCUCGUGCUUCGACAGGUCCCAGCCGUGAGAUGAACCCCUUGACUACCCAAGCCGGAGACGAAUUGGAGCGAUCUACAGGUGUCGAAUCACACAAUGCCAUCGGCACCGUCGAAUCCGAGACAGCCCACCAGGAAGACGAUGAUAAUGUGAUGGCCAUCACUAGGCGUCGUCUAAAAUUGUCAUCUGCGGCUACUGAUGAAAAUAUUCUGCAAUGGGCUCAGAUGUAUCACAAGCUCGACGAGAUAACAGGUCGACCAACGAUUGGGGGCGUCCUAGGGUCGAAGGAAUGGUGGAAGACGUACUGGGAGAUUAAGGACAGAGGAGAUGCAAUGAAGGCCGAGACGCAGCAACAACAGAUCGAGGGGGCCGAGAAGGCAAAAUCGGGACCAGAAGAAGAAGCUAAGACUGUGGAUGUAAGCCCUGAUGUCGUUACGAAUGCUGGCCCCAUAUUGGAGGAACAGCAGGCUAUGAGCAGCACUGCCCAGGACAAUGGAGCCCCCCAGAAGAGCCCCGAAAACGCAACCGAACGCCCCAGCCCCGACUCUACGCCAGCGGACUCGGACGUGACCGCCCGCGCGGAAGCUGUUGGUGAUCGAAUGCGUCGGCUGAUCAACCGAAAGGCUGAGGCGAAGGCAGCCGAGUCAAAGGGCAAGCCCAAAAGGCUGGGAAAUGCGAAGAAGGCAACCAUCCGCAGGUCUGCUCUCCAGGAGAAGCUUGGUGGCAUGAGGCCACCCUCGACGCCCAAGAUUGAGGCGCAGCCUGCGGAAAAUUCACGACCUGCCGAUGCCAGCCAAGAUGUAUCUGCGAAAGCUGCUGCUGAAGCAGAGCCUGGGGUUCAGAGUGGGAUUACUCACCUGGGGGAGGAGGAGGAGAGCAGUCUCGAAACUGCGGACCAGAUACAUGCUCCGGACGCCACGACUGGAGACACUGAAGGAGAGAGGAAGGCUGAAGAGGAGAGGAAAGCUGAAGAGGCCAGGCUUGUUGAAGAGGCCAGAAAGGCUGAAGAGGCCAGGCUGGUUGAAGAGGCCAGGAGGGCUGAAGAAGAGAGGAAGGCUGAAGAGGCCAGAAAGGCUGAAGAGGCCAUGGAAGUCGAAGAAGCUCAAAGGAGGGCCGAGGCAGAGCGCGCCAUCGCAGAUGCUUCGAGGGCUGAAGAGGAGAGAAAGAUCCAACAAGCUCGAGAAGCACAUCAACUAGGGCUAGCCGAUGCUCAAACAGACGACACCAAUAUGCAAUUUGAGGCCUCGGGGAUGCAGGGUGUCGAAGCAACGGGGCAGACAGACCAGCAGCCGGACUUGGAGGAGGCAGAUUUGUCAAUGACCGACCUCCUAGGCUCUGGUCAUCUCUACGAUUUUGACACCCAAAUGGGCGAUAUUGAGUCUGCUGGCCAGACUCUCAAUUGUGAAGACAAGGAUGAAGACGCACCUAUGAACUCCCCGGAACCGAUGCCACUCAUGGCGACUCAGUCCGCGCCGAUGCCUUUUGCACCGACGCCCUCCACAUUCACGCCCGAAAUACAGCAGGCUGGGAGCCACAUGAUUGAUUUCAAGGUGCUGUCCAACGACGCCAUUAAGGAGGGCAUGAUGUCAGUGUCUGGAAAUGAGUGGCAAGGCUACUUCGAAGAAUACCAUCGCCGUCAACAGCUUGGGCUCAUUGAAGACGACCUCCCAAACGACACAGCUGAUCAGGAGAUGGUGGAUAUCCCAUUUGAUGAAUGGCUCAACGCUCCCCUUCCACAGAGACAGUUCGAAGAUCCAUAUGCGCCUCUUGAUCAGCCACUGGGAUUCCCCCAGCCGACCACAGGACAGCCUGCAACAGCUAUUACAUUCCCAGAGGCCCUGAAGCCUGCCAUAGAUCCAGAGAGCUUUGGACAAUCCCACGCUGGGCAGAUGGAGACCGCCGAGGAACAGCUUGAUAUGUUUGCCUUGGAUUACACAACUGAAGGCGCCAACGUGAGCCCAGAUAUUCAGUUAUCACCACCACACCCAUAUUUGUCCGAGACAAACGACAACAGCGACACCUUGUUCACUGACCAGUUGCAAGCGGACUUUGAUUACGCCAACCCCGAGGAUGUGACCGGUGACUCUGAUCUUGGCAGCAUCUCUCAUUUGGGUCACAUGUUCCCGGAAGAUGCACCCAACUGGCUUACCACCACUGACAAUGAAGACGAGGAAAAUGAGGAAGAUCAAGGGCAGGGUCAGCUCGGGUCGUUCUCGCAGGUCAAUUGGAGCGCGCCUUUGCCAUCAUCCGUUGGUCUUCCUUCCCCUUUCCACAGACCGAAUACGCCGAAGCCGGUUCCCCAAGAUCUUAAUUCGCCUUCGCACAUUCCGUUCACGCCAGUACAUCCAGAUCACCCUUACGGACAUCAACCCGCAGUGCAUGGCCCGGUCCCACCGUGGGAGUAUAUAUCCCCCACGGCCCCUAACCCUGUUCCCCGGCCCACAGCGUCAAUGGAGGCCCCUCCGACUGGGUCAAACAUAUCACCAGUGUAUGGUCCUUUCGCUCGAGCAUCUGCACCUGGACCCAGCACACCCUCGCCAAUUAAUACACGGGCAGUGUCGAGAGCUCCAACCGCACCGAGCCCUUUGAGACACUCAUAUAAUCCACAUGCAUCUUCUUUGAGGGAACAAGACGAUGCUUCGACCUCCGUUGAAGACCCGGAAGGCCAUGAAGACGCUGAUCAGUCUAUGAACGAACAGGACCAGAACCGGCUGAACCAGGACGACAACAGCUCCGGCAGUGGAAGCAGCCUCGAUGAGCUGGAGGCGGAGGUCUUCGUCCAGCAUCACGGGGAAGACUAUGGAGUGUACCGCCAACGACGGCGGGAAGCUCGUGCUCAAGCAAGGGCGCAAACAUCAUCGCAAAUUGGGGAAACGACACCCACGCCGCAACGUCCCGAUCCAUAUCGUGACCUCUCGGCGGAAUCUAGGUUCGAUUUGCGGGAUAUCGCGGGCGAUGACGAGCCUGACGAGCCGGAGUCGAUGGCAGACAACAUAGCCGCCGCAGGAGCUGGUCCGCGAACUCAUAACUCUCGCCCCACCACUGAACCAAAUUAUCUAUCAGACCGGCGCGAGGAGAUGGAGGAGCCAGAGAUCUUGGACACGCAAGAACAGAUCAACGCUCGCCGCAGGCUCCCACCGAGAAGGUCUAGGCCUAUGUCUACACCACAAAUUGCCCAACCUUUCGGGUCGACCGGAGGCCUUGGCCAUGUACAGCAACUCCAACAGGCAGAGCAAGCUCAAGAAAGACCUCGUCCAGCGUCUCUGCGUACCGACUUAUCUCGGCCAAGUUUCGGGGGUCUGAGGCUGCCGGCCUCAAACACUCCUUCAACACCUUUCACCAUGGGAAGCUUCUCCUUCACUGAAAACAACAACAACAACAACAACAGCUCCUCGCCCUCAGCACCUCCUUCUGCGGGGUCGUCACCUGCAACACGCCGGCUCUCCCAACAAACACCUACCUCGACCCGGUCUCCAGGGGGUCCCUCAAGACCAACAGCCACCGCGCCCGUGGAGGAGCGACCUAUGGCCACGCCUAAUCGGCGAGGGCGGCCUAAGCCCCCGUCCGAUCGGGAGGUUGAGUCUGCAAAGAUGAACGCCAUGGCUAAGAAGAAGUAUACCAAGGAGGAUGUACAAAAGAUGAUGGAGGAGAGUGAAGCAGAAGACGAACAGGGUGAAACGCCAAGCUGGACCCCUCUGCAGCGCCGCAAUAACGCCCCGGUCGGGUCUCGAUCUUCGCUUCAGCAUGAGCGCGAGUCGACGGGCCUCUCUGGCAAUGCGCCUACCAUACCGACUCCGGGGCCAUCAUCGUCCACCACUUCCCAGCAAGUCGCCACGCCCGCCAGUAAUCUUGAGGUCGAGACACCCUCCACAGAGGAGUCUGACGCUUCAGGGGACUCUGAGGAUGAACCAGCAGAUGAACCUGGCACGGAAGAUGGCCAUGGUAAAGGCAAGAGAGUCAUGGUUAAAGACGGCGACAAGAAGGAGACGCCGAAGCAACCCAAAAAGAAGAAGUCGAACAAGAAGAACAAGAAGAAGAAGAAGAAGAAGCAAAAAACUGAGUUUUAA